CUUCUAACGAUAACAAUAGUUGACAUCUAAUCUUCAAAUCAGUCCAAACUCACCAUCAUGAGAACUCUGAUUGUUUUGGCCGUCGUUAUUGUAGCAGUUUCUGCUGAGAUGUGCCGAGACACAUCCAGUUGCUCCACCUCCACCACUUCCUGUGCUUCCGGCUCUGAGCUCCACUGUGUUAACCACCAAUGUACCUGUACCACAGCUGGCACUGGCGACGGAGGAUGCGUCAUGGCUGACGACUGCCAUGGAAGAUGUGACCACGGUGGACGUCACCAUUGCAUUGAUGGCAGAUGUAGAUGCACUCAUUUUUAAAUAAAUAAAUUUAUAUUUUUC